AUGUUUUUAUACGAAUACGAUAGUUAUAGAUAUGUAAAUGAUUCAAUUGAUAAUGAUAAAAAUAAAAAGUUGAUAGGAGAUCAAUUGAAACCUAUUGUGUCUGAUUUCCUAAAGAAUCACAAACUAUCGCUUCCAGACUUUUCUUUUAAGGAUGUGUUUUUAAAUAACAAAUUUCUAUUUGAAGAUGAUCGACUCAUUGACUACCUAAAGUCAAUGUGCGAUCACUCCGAUAUAGCUAAUCUCAUUGUGAUUUCAUUGCUCCAAUCGGAUUGCCAAGAUAUUAUCUAUUUAAAUACACAAAUGUCCAAGUUUAAUAGUUGGUUCGACAUUGAAUCGCGUGUCAUCGACUUGUUAAACAAUACGAUCAUUCCAAUAGCAUCGCCACCCAUCGCAAUACUUUCGAUUGUAAAUAUCAAUCCAACAAGAAUCAAUGAAUUAUCAAAACACUAUAGAAUAAUAUUUCAGUAUCUCAUCAAUCCACAUGUUGAUUCCACUGGCGCAUCUCAAUAUAACCUUAUUUCGUUUGCCAAAUACUUUAGUUAUUUCAAAGAGUAUUAUGAUGCAGAUGUCAGCCUGAAAACGCAGGAGAAUGUAGAACUGUUAAAAUCAAAGUUGAAAUAUUUAGAUUCAGUUUUCCUAGUUCCAAAAGUUAAGCAAUCUUUUCAAUCAUUAUAUUCAUUGUUAAGUGGAUUUAUCAAGUCAGAGCUUGAGCUUUUUACACUUUCCAGUUCAUCGAUUGAAGUGGAGUCUGCAUUGAAAUUGUUUGAAUCUUUCAGUGACGAUAUAUUUCAAAUGCCCGAAUUCCAUACUUCGAUUCAGAAGAUGUUACCGUUCAACAAAGAGCAAUCACUGUUGGUUUUGGAUAUGUACCGAUCGAGAGCAUUGAUAUUGCCGGUGCAAUUCUAUAGCUUUAUCUUGGGGCUCUACAAUAACACCAAAAUUAAAGUUAUCGUGGAAAGCCCUCUUCAACUCGAUUGCUUGAUCUAUCUCUGGAGUAUUGAGAGAGAUGCCAAUCUACAAAGAAACAUUUCACAUCAUCAAAUAUUUUCAGAGUAUGAUUACAAGGUUUUAGUGAAAGAACAUCUCCAUUUCCUCCAAUCGGUUGCACCCUACAUCCAAUGGUCUACAAUGCAAUCGAUCUUCAAACAGUAUGAAUGGGAUCAAUUAUUAUCCUCUGAUUUUGCCGAUAUCAUCAUGUUGACUAGUUCGCCAAGAGAGACUAUCAACGAAUUUAUUUUAUUCAGGAGAAAACAAUUGCGUUCAAAUAAUUCACAUUAUACAUUAGUUAUCGCAAAGGAAACACAAUUCCUUUUGGAAACAGACAAUCUCGAAUUCCUAUCUUUAUAUUUGGAACAAUUGCUUCGUGGAAGUUAUGAGUUGGCCUUGCUUUCAACCCAAAGAAGAUUAUGUAUUGAUCAGCUCAUUGAAAGACUAUAUCAGCACAAACCAGAGUCUGCCAACAUAAUCAACCAUCUCAUAAGAUCCCAUCCAAUGUCCAAUAUUCUAAAAGGAAUCAGAGAGUUCAAACCUUAUUUCUCUCUACAUUCAGAUGAUAAUAAUUCAAAUUCAACUACAUCAUCAACAAAUCCAACAUUAAGUACAUUUAUUUUAAAAGAAAUAUUCAAAUAUUUGAUCUUGGAUAAGAAUCCCAAAUCAAGAUCAAUUGUUUCAAUGUCAACGAUAUCAAGUCAAAUUCACGGCAUUGUUUCUUCUAUUUUAUCAAACUAUCCCUUGAGAACCAUUAGCAUAGUGUUGCCCGUUCCGAUUGGAUCAAAAUAUUGUUUGUUGAAGAAUGCACCAUUACAUUUGACAUCUCGAGAAAUCCAAUUCAUUCCCUAUGAUCAUAUGCAUUCUUGCCUUCAAAAACUGGAAUCAUAUGUACAAUACUUUGGAUUUAUCGAUGCAAAGAAUAGAGGUAGCGAUAAAUAUUACUACUAUCUUGCGAAUUCAACUAAAAUCAAACACUUGGCUUUCAGAGAGGUACGUUCCUGUAGAGCAGAAUCCGACUCAGAAGCUAAUACGAACAUUCUUGUUUUCGACAGUGGAAUUGUAGAUGAAAAGAUAAUGUUAGACAGCAGUUUAUUCACUCUUAAGGAGUGUAGGGAUUACUAUCCAGAUGUUGAAGGAAAUAGAAAUAUCAUCUUGAGCGAUCACGAGGAACAAAGUCAUCAUAUGAAUGUAUUUCUUCAACAUUUUGAUAAUGAUCAACUCCAAUCUAUUAAUUUCGUUGGUAGAAAUUUCAAAUCUCUCAGUAACUUCCGAUAUGAAACCGAAUCAUUGGUUCAUCAUACAUUCUCCAUUCUUUCAAAACUCAAACAAAAGAAGCCAUUUAUCGACAUUAGCUUUACUGUGCCACCAGGUGUAUCUGUUCGUCUAGGAUUCUGCAGAGAUUAUGAAGAAGAUCAAGAACAAGAACAGGAAGUAUUAGAUGACGAACCUGUCAUUCCCAAAGAAGACUAUCUACUGAUAACAAAGUUCAAAUACGAUCAAUAUCUUACCCAUACUGGAUGUUGGCCAAUCGAACUGAAGAAUCUUACAAAGUUUGUUACCAGCUUUCAUGACCAUGGCCAAAGAAGUUUAGUUCGUUUAAUUGAAAGAUCUCCGAAUCUCUAUUAUAUUAAAAUCAAAGGUAGUCUCAAUGCCAAUCACUUUGAAUUCAUCAAGAGCCAACCGACUAUCAAAAAGCUUGCUUUCAAACUUCCAAUUAAAACUAAUAGUUUUAAAGCUCGCAACUUUCCAUUACCGAUCACCUUGGAGCAGAUCAACUUGAUAUUUUCAACAUUGGAACAAGCUGAGUAUCACUCUAUUCGUUGUGUUAAACUAUUUAUAUUGAGUAAUGCUAAAUAUCACUAUCCACUAAUCAACCGAUAUCAACUCAAUAGAAAUUUAAUCAAUCUCUUUCAAUUUAAACCUAUAAAUGAAUCUCAAUUUAAAUUCAUAAGAUAG